CUGAUAUCGCUCACGAAUUCCAGAGCGGGGCCGCGCCGUUCCGGAAUCGAAUAAAUAGCCUGCCGCCCGGCCCUCGCCUUGCCUCUCGUUUCUCUUCAGUUUUCUCAUCCACCUCUUCUUUUUUCAAAAGAAUCACCCCCCCUUUCGUAGUAACCUUACUCGUCAGCAAACAACUUGUCAACAAUGGCUCCCAUCCAGAUCGGUAUUAACGGUUUCGGUCGUAUCGGCCGUCUCGUCUUCCGCGCUUCGCUGGACCACCCCGAGGUUCAGGUCGUUGCCAUCAACGAUCCGUUCAUGGAUCUCGAGUACAUGAGCUACAUGCUCCGCUACGACUCGACCCACGGCCGUCUCAAGGGCGAGGUCGCUGUCAAGGACGGCAAGCUUGUUGUUAACGGCAAGGAGAUCUCGGUCUUCGCCGAGCGCGACCCGGCCGCCAUCCCCUGGGGUAAGGCUGGUGCCACCUACGUCGUUGAGUCGACUGGUGUUUUCACCUCCAAGGACAAGGCCGGUCUCCACCUCCAGGGUGGUGCCAAGCGCGUCAUCAUCUCGGCUCCCUCGGGCGACGCCCCCAUGUUCGUGUGCGGUGUCAACCUCGAUGCCUACAACCCCGCCACCGACACUGUUCUGUCGAACGCCUCGUGCACCACCAACUGCCUGGCUCCCCUGGCCAAGGUCAUCCACGACGAGUUCGGAAUCGUCGAGGGUCUCAUGACCACCUGCCACGCCACCACCGCCACCCAGAAGACCGUCGACGGUCCCUCGGGCAAGGACUGGCGUGCGGGCCGUGGUGCUGGCCAGAACAUCAUCCCCGCCUCCACUGGCGCCGCCAAGGCUGUCGGUAAGGUCAUCCCCGCCCUCAACGGCAAGCUCACCGGUAUGUCGCUGCGUGUCCCCACCCCCGACGUCUCGAUCGUCGAUCUGACUGUCCGCCUGGAGAAGUCUGCCUCGUACGACGAGAUCAUUGCCGCCGUCAAGAAGCACGCCGACUCCGACCUCAAGGGUAUCCUGAGCUACACCUCGGACGAGGUUGUCUCCACUGACUUCCAGGGUGACGCCCACUCGUCCAUUGUCGACAUCAAGGCCGGUAUCGCCCUGAACGACAAGUUCGUCAAGAUCCUCUCGUGGUACGAUAACGAGUUCGGUUACUCGAACCGUGUUGUCGACCUGAUCAAGUACAUUGCUUCCAAGGAGUAA